AUGGCCCCCAAGGACAUCAUGACCAACUCCCACGCCAAGUCCAUCCUGAACGCCAUGAAUGGCCUGCGGAAGAGCAGCACGCUCUGCGACGUGACUCUGCGCGUGGAGCAGAAAGACUUCGCCGCGCACCGCAUUGUGCUGGCGGCCUGCAGCGACUACUUCUGCGCCAUGUUCACUAGCGAGCUUUCAGAAAAAGAUAAACCAUAUGUGGAUAUCCAAGGGUUGACAGCCUCUACUAUGGAAAUCCUGCUGGACUUUGUGUAUACAGAAACAGUUCAUGUGACAGUAGAAAAUGUCCAGGAAUUGCUCCCAGCAGCAUGUCUGCUUCAGCUGAAAGGUGUGAAGCAGGCUUGUUGUGAGUUCUUGGAAAGCCAGCUGGAUCCAUCAAACUGUUUGGGCAUCCGAGAUUUUGCUGAGACACACAACUGCGUUGAUCUAAUGCAGGCAGCAGAGGUCUUCAGCCAGAAACACUUCCCAGAGGUGGUUCAGCAUGAAGAGUUCAUCCUCUUAAAUCAGGAAGAGGUGGAAAAGCUCAUCAAAUGUGAUGAAAUUCAGGUGGAUUCUGAAGAACCUGUUUUUGAGGCAGUUAUAAAUUGGGUGAAACACUCAAAAAAGGAACGGGAGGACUCCUUGCCAGAGCUGCUGCAGUACGUGCGCAUGCCGCUUCUUACCCCACGCUACAUCACAGAUGUCAUAGACACCGAGCCUUUUAUACGGUGCAGUUUGCAGUGCAGAGACCUUGUAGAUGAAGCUAAGAAAUUCCACCUAAGGCCUGAGCUCCGGAGUCAGAUGCAGGGACCCAGGACCAGAGCACGUCUAGGGGCUAACGAAGUUCUGCUAGUGAUUGGAGGCUUUGGCAGUCAGCAGUCACCUAUUGACGUGGUGGAAAAAUAUGACCCAAAGACCCAGGAGUGGAGUUUCUUGCCGAGCAUCACCCGUAAGAGGCGCUAUGUUGCCACGGUGUCCCUGCAUGAUCGGAUUUAUGUGAUUGGGGGAUACGACGGCCGCUCCCGUCUCAGCUCUGUGGAGUGCUUGGAUUAUACGUCGGAUGAAGAUGGCAUCUGGUACUCAGUGGCUCCAAUGAAUGUUCGUCGAGGCCUGGCAGGGGCCACUACCCUAGGAGAUAUGAUCUACGUUUCUGGUGGUUUUGAUGGAAGCCGGCGUCACACCAGUAUGGAAAGAUAUGACCCAAAUAUUGAUCAAUGGAGUAUGCUGGGAGACAUGCAGACAGCUCGGGAAGGAGCAGGACUGGUUGUAGCUAAUGGUGUUAUCUACUGCCUCGGUGGCUAUGAUGGGCUGAACAUCCUGAACUCUGUAGAGAGGUAUGACCCUCACACUGGACACUGGACAAAUGUCACCCCAAUGGCCACCAAGCGCUCAGGAGCAGGAGUAGCGUUGUUGAACGAUCACAUUUACGUUGUUGGUGGGUUUGAUGGGACAGCGCAUCUCUCCUCUGUGGAAGCCUAUAACGUUCGCACUGAUUCCUGGACUACUGUGACGAGUAUGACAACGCCUCGUUGCUACGUGGGUGCCACCAUGCUGAGGGGACGGCUGUAUGCAAUAGCUGGGUAUGAUGGCAACUCGCUGCUGAGCAGCAUUGAGUGCUAUGAUCCCAUCAUUGACAGCUGGGAAGUGGUGACCUCACUGGGUACACAGCGUUGUGAUGCUGGUGUUUGUGUCCUUCGGGAGAAGUGA